GCGGUGGAGGAACCCGUGGUGGAGGUGGUGGCAGAUACCGCAGCGGAGGCGGUAAUGAAUACGGAGGAGGUGGUGGCGGAAAUGGAGGAGGCGGUGGUGAUUACGAGAGACAUAGCAGAGGUUGUGGUGGAAAAGGAUACGGUAGUGGUGGCCGUGAGGGAGGUGGCUAAGGAGGAGGUGACGUUGGAAGCUACGGAGGAAACGGAGUGGGGGUUAGUAAUCAAAGAUAGUCUUGUUUUGUGUCACCGUUAG